AAAGGGAAAAAAAAGCCCAUCCCACACCCAAGCUCCGUGGCAGGCUCGCCUGCUACUUCUCCCAUACUUUUCCUCUCCUCCUCUCCAUUCCUCCCUCACUCCUCCAUCGCUUUCUUCUUCUAUUUCUGUAACUCUGUUUCAAUAUCCCAUACUUUUUCUUCCCCUCCUCUUCGCCUUCCCUCCUUCCUUCCUACCAUCACCCAAUCGGUUAUCAAAUAUGAGAGAAAUCCUCCACAUCCAAGCAGGCCAAUGCGGCAACCAGAUCGGAGGCAAGUUCUGGGAGGUGGUGUGCGACGAGCACGGCAUCGACAAUACUGGAAACUACAACGGCAACUCCCACCUCCAGCUCGAGCGAGUGAACGUCUACUAUAAUGAGGCCAGCGGCGGCCGGUACGUGCCCCGUGCCGUGCUCAUGGACCUCGAGCCCGGAACCAUGGAUGCUCUCCGCACCGGCCCCUACGGCCAGCUCUUCCGCCCCGACAACUUCGUCUUCGGCCAGAACGGCGCCGGCAACAACUGGGCCAAGGGCCACUACACCGAGGGCGCCGAGCUCAUCGACUCCGUUCUCGAUGUCGUCCGCAAGGAGGUCGAGAACUGCGAUUGCCUCCAAGGGUUUCAGAUAUGUCACUCGUUGGGGGGAGGGACGGGAUCGGGGAUGGGGACGCUGCUGAUAUCCAAGAUCCGGGAGGAGUACCCGGACAGGAUGAUGCUGACGUUCUCGGUGUUCCCGUCGCCGAAGGUUUCGGACACGGUGGUGGAGCCGUACAACGCCACGCUGUCGGUGCACCAAUUGGUGGAGAAUGGCGACGAGUGCAUGGUGCUGGACAAUGAGGCCUUGUAUGAUAUCUGCUUCCGUACCCUCAGGCUCACCAACCCCAGCUUUGGCGACCUCAACCACCUCAUCUCCAACACCAUGAGCGGCGCCACCUGCUGCCUCCGCUUCCCCGGCCAGCUGAACUCCGACCUCCGAAAGCUCGCUGUCAACCUCAUCCCCUUCCCCCGUCUCCACUUCUUCAUGGUGGGCUUCACCCCCCUCACCUCCCGCGGCUCCCAGCAGUACCAAGCCCUCUCCAUCCCCGAACUCACGCAGCAAAUGUGGGACGCCAAGAACAUGAUGUGCGCCGCCGACCCCCGCCAUGGCCGCUACCUCACCGCCUCUGCCAUGUUCCGCGGCAAGAUGAGCACCAAGGAGGUCGACGAGCAGAUGAUCAAUGUCCAGAACAAGAACUCCUCCUACUUCGUCGAAUGGAUCCCGAACAACGUCAAGUCCAGCGUCUGCGACAUCCCACCCAUCGGGAUGUCGAUGUCGGCGACCUUCAUGGGCAACUCGACGUCGAUACAGGAGAUGUUCAAGCGUGUCUCGGAGCAGUUCACGGUCAUGUUCAGGCGAAAGGCCUUCUUGCAUUGGUAUACUGGGGAGGGGAUGGAUGAGAUGGAGUUCACUGAAGCGGAGAGUAAUAUGAACGAUCUGGUGUCGGAAUACCAGCAAUACCAGGAUGCGGUGGCUGAGGAGGAGGACGAGGGGUAUGCCGAUGAGGCUGAGCCGGAGAGUUAAAUUGAUUUCGUGAUCGAAUUCAUGCUGCUGCUGGUGGUGUUGUGAGGUUUUGCUUAGGCUUCUAAUAAUGGAGUGAGAGGUGUUAGCUGUACUGGUGGCUCCUCCACCUCCAAGAGAUGAGUUGUGUCUACGUUAUUGUCAUCAUCUGUCCAUGAUGAUAAGGCUUGCAUUUGAGAUGUCUUUACUCAUAUUAUAAUAUGCAUAGAGAUGCUGAAGAUGCUCUUGUUUUCUUA